AAUCGUGGAAGUCGUGUGAGUCCGCAGGUAGACCCGCUUCAGUCUGGCUCGCUGACAAAGAGCCAGAAACCCCAUCAGUAGUCCUGAUCCACACUCCAGUCCACAAGGGGGCGAUAAAGCGCAAAGAGCUGUCUGCCAGAAAAAGAAGAAGGAGGAGGAAGAGGAAGGAAAGAGACAACAACAGCAGAAGUCGGGAAGACUUGGUGAACGAUGUGUAAGUCGGAAUCAAAGUCCGGAUAGUGAAGCGGGUCGUUUCAGCGCGUAGCAGCUGCUUGUUUCCCAGGUGGAGUGUGAAGAAGUCGGCCUGCUGUGGUGGCUCCAGUCCCACACUGAUGGCUUUACGACCGGACGGGACGCUGAACUGCUGUCAGCCAGGCGUCACUUUGUCACGUUGUGCUGACGCUUUAACGUCGGCAGGACCAGACCUGAUCAGUCAGCUGGAAGGCGAAUCAGGCCUUCAGUCAGCCAGCAGAGACCUUCAGCCUUCACCCAGCGGGUCAGCAUGAGCGGGACGGAAGCCGACGCGGACACCGUGCAGCCUCACCAAAGAAGAAGAGUGGCAGGAGCCGGUGGAGCACGUGCUCGCUCAGGCACAGGUGUAGAGGCCGGGCCACAGGUGAGCCUGGUACUGACUUGGUCAUAUGUUAGCGGUGAGCUUCAGUACUGGGACAAACGUGAGGAAGAUUCAGAGGAGCUGCUGAAGGAAUGCAGAGAGGGGAUCUGGUUCUGGUCUGGGACUGAGGCUCCAGGAGUAUCACCAUGUGGAACGCGGGGGGAGGCGGGAAGCAGGACAGUCAAAGCCCAGGAUGGAAGUGUCGUCAGCAUGCCGCAGUUUUCUGAUGCUCGUGUGAGGGAUGUUACUGUGACAGUCACUGCCAACAACACAACGAUUGUCCAGCCUCCUGCCAGGACAGAAGAGACUCACGAUGUUUCUCCCAGAACCAAAGGAAACCUCAAAAGCUGCCAAGAUGAACUAAAAUUGUACCUUCAAAACAGAACUAAGAAUCUUUUUGAAGGAACAAAGGAAGAUGGAUCAUCGACUCCUUUAAACAAGAUCUAUACACAGCUUUACAUCACCGAGGGAGGCAGCGGGGAGGUUAACCGUGAACAUGAAGUGAUUGUAUUAGAAAGCAGUAGAAGGAGUUCAAGGAAGGAAAAGAAAAUCAGCCUUAAUGACAUUUUUAAACCUUUAUCAAAUGAAGAAAACCCUCCCCAGAGAGUCCUGACGAAGGGAAUCGCCGGCAUUGGAAAAACUGUCGCUGUGCAGAAAUUCACUCACGACUGGGCAGCAGGAGAAGCCAACCCAACCACUCAUUUCAUUUUCCCAUUCACAUUCAGAGAGUUGAAUUUAAUAAAAGAUCAGUGUUUUAGUCUUGAGGAGCUCAUAGUUUACUAUUUUGAAGAAAUGAAAGAUUUCAAAACGUCAGACUACAACAGCUCAAGCGUUUUGUUCAUCUUCGACGGCCUGGACGAAAGCAAGUUCCCGCUGGACUUUGUGAAUAACGAGGUGUGUCGCAGUGUUACAAAGACUACGACAGUGGACGUCCUACUAACCAACUUGAUCACAGGGAAACUGCUGCACAAAGCCUCGAUCUGGAUCACAAGUAGACCAGCUGCAGCCACAAAGAUUCCCGCCGAGGUCAUAGACAGGGUGACCGAGGUGCAAGGCUUCAGUGAUGAGCAGAAGGUGGAGUACUUUCAGAAGAAAGUUAGCGAUGGGGAUGUGGCUCGGAAGAUCUUGGAUCAUCUUCAAUCAAAGCCGCUGAGAAGUCUGUACAUCAUGUGCUACAUCCCCAUCUUCUGCUGGAUUUCAGCCACAGCUCUCCUGAGUCUCCUAACAGAAGCUCGCACAUGUCGGCUGCCCAAGACGGUGACUGAAAUGUACAUACACUUCCUGAUCAUCCAGACAAGACGGAAAAACGAGAAGGAUUAUCAGAAAGGUGAAGCAGACAAAGAUGUGAUCAUGAAACUGGGAAAGCUAGCAUUCGAGCAGCUACGGGAGGGCAACAUGAUCUUCUACGAAAAUGACUUGAAAAGCUGUGAAAUUGAUCCGAAAGAAGCUGCGGUUUAUUCAGGUGUUUGCACACAGAUUAUAAGAAAAGAAUAUGGUCUUCACAAAGAAGAGACUUACUCUUUUAUACAUUUAAGUGUUCAGGAAUUUCUUGCAGCUCUGUAUGUAUUAGAGACCUUUAUCAGUAGUGGAGUAAAUCUGCUUCCCAGCCAGACAAAGGAGACUGAAGUAUCAGAGCAGCGUCCCAUCAUGUUUCUCCACAAGCAUGCGGUGGAUAUGGUUUUGGACAACCCUUAUGGACGGUGGGACUUGUUCCUGCGCUUCCUGCUCGGACUGUCACAGUAUAAAAAUCAGGAGCUUCUUCAGAAAAUACUUGGAUUUAAAGUAAAAUGUAAAAUCGACAAGCAGUUAGUAACCUACUUUCACGAGAAGAUCAAGAGCCUGUCCUACACUGACAAAAGUAUCAGCUUGUUCCAAUGUUUGAAUGAGUUGGGUGACACCUCUCUGGUGGAGCAAGUCCAAAUGUACCUGUCCUCAGGAGAUGUUCGUAAAAUCUCACUUGCACAUUGGUCAGCUCUGGCCUUCCUGCUGCUCGUUUCCCAUGAAAACCUGGAUGUCUUUGACCUGAAAAAAUACUCCAGAUCAGGAGAUGUUCUGGAGAGGCUGCUGCCUGUGCUCAAAGUGUCAAAGAAAGCUUUGCUGAGUGACUGUAACCUCACUGGCACAUGCUGCAAGUACAUUUCUUCAGUUCUCAGCUCGGAGUCUUCUUGUUUGGAGGAGUUAGAGUUGAGCAACAAUGAACUGCAGGAUUUUGGGGUGACCUGGCUCUGUGCUGGUCUGAAAAGUGCAAACUGCAAACUCCAGAGACUCCAGUUGAAUCAAACCAGUCUCAGAGGUGAAUGGUGUCAGCAGUUAUCAUCAGUUCUCAGCUCCCAGUCCUCUAGUCUGAGAGAGUUGGAUCUGAGUCACAACGACCUGCAGGAUUCAGGAGUGGAGCUGCUGUCUGCUGGACUGCAGAGUCCACAUUGUAAACUGGAGACUCUCAGGUUGAAUCAAACCAGUCUCACACAUGAAAGCUGUCAGCAGUUAUCGUCAGUUCUCAGCUCCCAGUCCUCUAGUCUGAUAGAGCUGGACCUGAGUAAGAACAACCUGCAGGAUUCAGGAGUGAAGCUGCUGUCUGCUGGACUGAAGAGUCCAAACUGUCAACUGGAGACUCUCAGAUUAAGUCAAACCAGCCUCACGGAUGAAUUCUGCCAGGAUUUCCCAUCAGUUCUCAGCUCCCAGUCCUCCAGUCUGAGAGAGCUGGACCUGAGUAACAACGACCUGGAGGAUUCAGGAGUGAAGCUGCUGUCUGCUGGACUGAAGAGUCCAAACUGUCAGCUGGAGACUCUCAGGUUGUCAGGCUGUAUGAUCACACAGGAAGGCUGUACUUCUCUGGCCUCAGCUCUGAGAUCCAACCCCUCCCAUCUGAGAGAGCUGGACCUGAGCUACAAUCAUCCAGGAGACUCAGGAGUGAGGCUGCUGUCUGCUGGACUGGAGGAUCCACACUGGAGACUGGACACUCUCAGGGUGGAACAUGGUGGACAGCAGAGGCUGAAACCUGGUCUGAGGAAGUAUGCCUGUGAACUCACAGUGGACACAAACACAGUAAACAGAUUCCUCAAACUGUCUGACAACAACAGAAAGGUGACAGCAGUGAUGGAGGAGCAGCCUCAUCCUGAUCAUCCAGAGAGGUUUGACUGGAAACAGCUGCUGUGUAGACCUGGACUGACUGGUCGCUGCUACUGGGAGGUCGAGUGUAGUGGAGCAGUUGAGAUAUCAGUGACUUACAGAGGAAUCAGAAGGAAAGGAGACACUGCUGACUAUUUGUUUGGAGGGAAUAAUCAGUCCUGGAGUCUGAUGUGCUCUGGUGGUGGUUUCUCUGUAUGUCAUAAUAACAGAAGAACAUACCUUUUUUUCUCCCCCUUCUCCUUCUCCCCCACCUCCUUCCCCUUCUCCUGGUCCUCCUCCUCCUCCUCCUCCUCCUCUGUCUCUCACAGAGUUGCAGUGUAUGUGGACUGUCCUGCUGGCACUCUGUCCUUCUACAGAGUCUCCUCUGACACACUGAUCCACCUCCACACCUUCAACACCACAUUCACUCAACCUCUUUAUGCUGGAUUUGGAUUUGGAUUUGGGUUCUGGUCAUUCGGUUCCUCGGUGUCUCUGAGUUCAGUGUGAGGGUUUAAUUCGUCUUUAAACCAGCUCAUAAAAACCAAGCGGGUGCUCACAGAACAAAGCACACAUUCACAGAGUGCUUUAACCUGAGCAGGUGUGUUCAUGAAGCAUGGUCACACAGCUUCAUAAUAAGACUGAUGUUAGCCACACAAGCUAACAUGUUUAGCUUUUCCAUCCUGUGUAAUACUGGAAAAUCACUUCAUGUGGCUCUUCAGGUUUGUAUCAGUUAUUGUAUAAAGCAACACAUCAAGCUUUCAGUCCAACAGCCUGAUGUUAUUUUCUCUUUGGUUUACUUUGGUGAAUGUGCUGCCAGUCAGUGGUUUUCAAUGCGUUUUAUUUUCUAUGAUAUUUUUUUUCAUGAUUUGACAGUUUUUAUCAAUGGGAUGUUAGAAAAUAAAGCAGUGAUGUGUUUGACCAGACACUUUGUCUUUUAUCAGUGGAAGGUUGAAAUCUUUUCAGUAUUACUUAUUUAUAUUAAGUCUGUAAAUAAUGGUUAUUAUGAUUGCUAUUAUCAGUGACCACGUAUUUUCUUAAUCUGUUAAUGUUUGAUUUGUAAAAUGUUAUCAAAUAGCGAUAAAAUGUCCAUCAGUU